AUGCAUAUGGGUGACCAGCAAAUCGCGCCGAGCUGCCUCUACGAAGAUCCACUCCUAACACUAUGGGCGCAGAUACAAACUCUCUCAACUUUCCCAGUAGACCCACUGGUCACCCAAACCAAUCUCAAACUCUCCGCGUCGCUCAUGUCUAACACAAGUGGCCACAUAUUUUCAGCGCAAGCAGUUUCAGCCGUAGCGCGCGGCUUUUUUGACACACAUUCCAAUCCGAUCUCUACCCGGCGUGAGCCUCAGCAAGACUCUGAGCUGCCCAAAGCCUCAAAGCGCAAGGCCACCCCUAGGAUCGACCUCGACGCCCACUACAAGCGUCAGGAAACCAACAAGGAGCGUGGAAGGCUCCUCACACUUGCGUCGCUAGGUGCAUCAUCCACAGACAGGCAGCGAGCAGCAGCUAGGGUUGUAGAUACCACACACAUCAUAAAGCGCGGAAUCAUCCGCAAGCCACGCGAUCACACCCCACCGCUCGAACGCUACAAGCCCAGAAAGGGACGUCUUACCACUGGUGGUCGCAAGCCGGCACCACCCCCAGAGCUUAUCACCUCCAACGCAGUUCCUCCCCCUGUCAUUGCUCCCAUUCCAACUCGUCCCCUACCCAACUUCAUAAAGACAAACACCAUCGCACGUCCCAUCCGCCCACUCCCUUCCAGAGUCAGGCCGACGAUCCACAUCGAGACCCUUACGAAGCAGGACGAGCACCAAGGACCCAUCUUUAGCCUCGCCACAGAGCUCGAUAAAGUCUGCGCCGACCUACACACAGGGACGUGCACAUAUACAUUCGUCGAGAAGCAGGUUAUCAACAAAGUCUGUCUGGAGAUAGGAGGAAUCAGUUUCAAGCAGAUAGGAAAGGAAGAAAGGCUGCAGGAAAUCGCCAAGGCUCUGGUCUUCAUCUCGAAACCGAUCGUGCGCACGCAUCCACGUUCAAGCAAUGAAUGGAUGACAUUCUUCAUACAAACGUCGAGACCGCAGGAUUCUGCAUCACAAGUCGGAGGACCAGCAUCCCCGACACCAUCACUUGUACCAGCCUAUGUCCCACCCAUCUGGGAGUUUGAGGGACACCAAUUCGAGCACCUAGAAGAUGCUCUCAGACAGUCCGCUCCAGGAGAAGUCCCGGACCACAUACGUGAAUGGGUAAUCGUCGCAAUGAAGCUCACGGUCACCACUGAAAUCGCCAAGGUCUACAAUGUGCUCGGAAACAAAAUCACCGGUUAA